AUGCGAACGACGUCGCGCGCGCGCGUCGCGCCGUCGGUGCGGUCGCGCGCGACGCGCGCGCGCGGUCGCGCGGCGUCGAGGGCGUCGGUGCAAUCGACCUCGCGCGCGGUGCGCGGCGUCGUCGCGCGCGGACGCGUCGUCGCGCGCGCGAGCGUCGACCCGACGGUGUUCGUCGCGUCCAGCGACCUUCGAGUGGCGUAUCAGGGCGUGCCGGGGGCGUACUCGGAGGGCGCGGCGCUCGCGGCGUACGAGAACUGCGAGACGGUGCCCAAGGAACAGUUCGACGACGUCUACGCGGCGACGGAGGCGCAAGAAGUCGACCGCGCGGUGCUGCCGUUCGAAAACUCGCUCGGUGGGUCGAUUCAUAGGAAUUAUGAUUUGAUUCUCACGCACAAGCUGCACGUGGUGGGCGAGGUGUAUUAUCGCGUGAACCACUGCUUGUUGGCGCUGCCGGGGCAACGAGUGGCGGAUUUGACGCGGGCGCAGUCGCAUCCGCAGGCGCUGGCGCAGUGCGAGGGAUACUUGACGAACUUAAAGAUGGUGCGCGAGGCGGUGGAUGACACCGCGGGGGCGGCGAAAGCGAUCGCAGAGGCGGGGGCGAAGGGCGUGGCGGCCGUGGCGAGCAGGCGCGCGGCGGAGCUUUACGGGUUGGAGGUGUACGACGAAGGGAUUCAGGAUGAUAAGUCCAACGUCACGCGCUUCUUAGCGUUAUCGCGGGAACCGAUUCCCGCGAUGCAAACGGAUGUACCGUAUAAAACGUCCAUCGCGGUGUCGUUGAAGGAAGAGCCAGGGGCUCUCUUCAAGGCGUUGGCGUGCUUUUCGCUGCGCGACAUCAACAUGACAAAGAUUGAAUCACGGCCGAUGCGCACGAACCCCGUGACGAGUGCGGGCGCGAGGCAAUCGAUGCAGUUCACAUAUUUAUUCUAUAUUGAUUUCGAGGCGAACAUGGCGGAUGAAAAUAUGCAAAACGCGUUGCGUCACCUGCAAGAGUCGGCGACGUUUCUGCGCGUACUCGGAUCGUAUCCCAGAGAUUGCUCGCAAUUGUAA